GCAGCCACUCCCUGUCUCCGGACCCAAAGCUCGAGCGGGCCACGUGACCCUCCCGGGGCCAGUCACGUGAGGCGCGGAUCCCGGGUGGGAGGGGGGUUGGCCUAGGUGGUCCGGAGUGGCAGGAAAGGAGGAAGAUGGCGGGGUGCAGGGGGUCUGUGUGCUGCUGCUGCUGCAGGUGGUGUUGCUGCUGCGGUGAACGCGAGAGCCGCACCCCCGAGGAGCUGACCAUCCUUGGGGAGACACAGGAAGAGGAGGAUGAGAUCCUUCCAAGGAAAGACUAUGAGAGUCUGGACUAUGACCGCUGUAUCAACGACCCUUACCUGGAGGUAUUGGAGACCAUGGAUAAUAAGAAAGGGCGAAGAUAUGAGGCGGUGAAGUGGAUGGUGGUGUUUGCCAUUGGCGUCUGUACGGGGCUGGUGGGUCUCUUUGUGGACUUCUCUGUGCGACUCUUCACCCAACUCAAGUUCGGAGUGGUUCAAACAUCGGUGGAGGAAUGCAGUCAGAAAGGCUGCCUUGCCCUGUCCCUCCUGGAACUCCUGGGUUUUAACUUGACCUUUGUCUUCCUGGCAAGCCUUCUUGUCUUGAUAGAGCCAGUGGCAGCAGGUUCUGGAAUCCCCGAGAUCAAGUGCUAUCUGAAUGGUGUGAAAGUGCCAGGAGUCGUCCGGCUCCGGACCCUGCUCUGCAAAGUCUUCGGGGUGCUGUUCAGUGUGGCUGGAGGGCUCUUUGUGGGAAAAGAAGGCCCCAUGAUCCACAGUGGUGCUGUGGUAGGAGCUGGCCUCCCUCAGUUUCAGAGCAUCUCCUUACGGAAGAUCCAGUUUAACUUCCCCUACUUUCGCAGCGACAGAGACAAGCGUGACUUUGUAUCAGCGGGGGCAGCUGCUGGCGUUGCUGCAGCUUUUGGGGCCCCUAUAGGGGGAACUUUGUUCAGUCUGGAGGAAGGCUCAUCCUUCUGGAACCAGGGGCUCACAUGGAAAGUGCUCUUCUGUUCCAUGUCUGCCACCUUCACCCUCAACUUCUUCCGCUCUGGGAUUCAGUUUGGAAGUUGGGGUUCCUUCCAGCUGCCUGGAUUGCUGAACUUUGGUGAAUUUAAGUGCUCUGACUCUGAUAAAAAAUGUCAUCUCUGGACAGCUAUGGAUUUGGGUUUCUUCAUCGUGAUGGGGGUCAUUGGGGGCCUCCUGGGAGCCACAUUCAACUGUCUGAACAAGAGGCUUGCAAAGUACCGUAUGCGCACCGUGCACCCGAAACCUAAGCUCGUCAGAGUCUUAGAGAGCCUCUUGGUGUCCCUGGUGACCACGGUGGUGGUGUUUGUGGCCUCCAUGGUAUUAGGAGAAUGCCGACAGAUGUCUUCCACGAGUCAAACUGGGAAUGGCUCAUUCCAGCUCCAGGUCACAUCAGAAGAUGUAAAUUCAACGAUCAAGACUUUUUUUUGUCCCAAUGACACCUACAAUGACAUGGCCACACUCUUCUUCAACUCCCAGGAGUCUGCCAUCCUGCAGCUCUUCCAUCAGGACGGGACUUUCAGCCCCAUCACCCUGGCCUUAUUCUUCAUCCUCUAUUUCCUGCUCGCAUGCUGGACUUUCGGCACGUCUGUCCCCAGUGGCCUCUUUGUGCCUUCCCUGCUUUGUGGAGCAGCUUUUGGACGUUUAGUUGCCAAUGUCCUGAAAAGCUACAUUGGACUGGGCCACCUCUAUUCUGGGACCUUUGCCCUGAUUGGUGCGGCAGCUUUCUUGGGUGGAGUUGUAAGAAUGACCAUCAGCCUCACGGUCAUCCUGAUUGAGUCUACAAAUGAGAUCACCUAUGGACUUCCUAUCAUGAUCACUUUGAUGGUGGCCAAGUGGACUGGAGACUUUUUCAAUCAGGGCAUUUAUGACAUCCACAUUGGGCUGAGAGGCGUGCCUCUUCUGGAGUGGGAGGCAGAGGUGGAGAUGGACAAGCUGAGAGCCAGUGACAUCAUGGAGCCCAACUUGACGUAUGUGUACCCGCACACUCGCAUCCAGUCUCUGGUGAGCAUCCUGCGCACUACGGUCCACCACGCCUUCCCCGUGGUCACAGAGAACAGGGGCAACGAGAAGGAGUUCAUGAAGGGCAACCAGCUCAUAAGCAACAACAUCAAGUUCAAGAAAUCCAGUAUCCUCACCCGUGCUGGUGAGCAGCGCAAGCGGGGCCAGUCCAUGAAGUCUUACCCUUCCAGCGAGCUACGAAACGUGUGUGAUGAGCACGUGGCUUCUGAGGAGCCAGCAGAGAAGGAGGACUUGCUACAGCAGAUGCUGGAGAGGAGAUACACUCCCUACCCCAACCUAUACCCUGACCAGUCCCCGAGUGAAGACUGGACCAUGGAGGAACGUUUCCGUCCGCUGACCUUCCACGGCCUCGUCCUGCGCUCUCAGCUCGUCACCCUGCUUGUCCGAGGAGUGUGUUACUCAGAAAGUCAGUCCAGUGCCAGCCAACCGCGUCUUUCAUAUGCUGAGAUGGCCGAGGACUACCCGCGCUAUCCAGACAUCCAUGACCUGGACCUCACACUGCUGAAUCCCCGAAUGAUUGUGGAUGUCACCCCGUAUAUGAAUCCUUCACCAUUUACUGUCUCCCCCAACACCCAUGUUUCUCAAGUGUUCAACCUGUUCAGAACCAUGGGCCUGCGCCACUUGCCAGUGGUGAAUGCAGUGGGCGAGAUCGUGGGGAUCAUUACACGACACAACCUGACGAAUGAGUUCCUGCAGGCCCGGCUACGACAGCAUUACCAGACCCUCUGACAGUUGAGCCCUGCUGAAGCCAGCCCACUCUCCCAGAGGUGCCUCUGCAGGUGGCCCGCACACUUGCUGGCCCCCACAGCCGGCCCGAAGGCUCCCAGCCACCCAUUUGCUCAGAUGCCUGGAGUCCUGGAAGAUGGGGGUCAGAGGUUUUUGGGGAUGUGUUGAGCAGGAAGUUGGGGUUUUACUAGCUUCCUCUGUAAGAAUCUUCCAUUCCCCAGCUCCCUUGGAGAGACAUCAGGGUGCUGUCAGGCUGGAUCCUAGGUGGACGCUUGGUAACUCCCUGUUGCUGUUUCUUGGAGAGCCCAGCUGUCGCCCAGACCCUUCUAGAAAGAAGUUGGACCGAGGCAAACACUGAGGAUGUUAUUUACAUACCAUGUUCAUUACCAAGUUUAGGAUUGGGCGCCAGGAACUGCUCCCCAUGUUUGGGCGCCAAGAACUGCUCCCCAUGUUUGGGGAGUCCUGGGAUCAGAACCAGGACCUGAGAUACACUCUGCCUCUUCAUUGGUCCAUUUUUCUUAUUCUGUUUCCUAGGAGUGAGUUCAUGCUCUUGACCCUGUGGCUUGAUUGUCCUUAGAGUCAUUCCUGACCAGACCCUGAUGCACUAAAAUUCCAGCUAACAGUCUUAGAAGCAUUAAAUUCCACCGUAGGGGGUCGAACUACAGCUUCUCUCCUCUGUGAACAUUCAGUAGUCCCCACUCACUGAUUACAUCUGUUCUCCCAGUGACACAUGCUCUCCUCCCAUUGUCAUUCCUUUCCUCUCCACAACUGCUCAACUUUCUAAGCCUUCAUCUGUCUUCCUGGUGUGGCUGCCACAGCUUCAUCUUCGAUUCAUUCCCUAAGUCAACCAAAAUUGAGGAACCCCUAGACAGAAACUACUAUUCAGAGCCCUAAUGAAUUUGGGGUUACUCUACAAACUAGUAAGCAAGCUGUCAUGAGCCAGGGCCUAUCAAAGGUACGACCUUAGGAGGAAGCCACUGGCUCCUGUCAGGGUCACUGCUGGAGCCUGGCUUUCCAGUCCACUCCAGACUCGGCCCUCUUCCCCAGGACUUGGCGAGGAACCUGUGCAGCUGCUGGUCUCGGGGCGGGAAGGGAGCAGGAGGCUCCUGUGCUUGUGCCUCUCUGCCUCAUGGCUUCUUUCUCGCCCGGCUGCUGGUCCUCUCUGAGUCGGCACCUCAGUGAACAUCUGGGUAGGGAUAUUUGCACUCAUCCUCCGGCAACCCACAGCCCCUGUGGUAGUUGUUGUUUGGAUAUAGGUGGCAUUCGUUUGUGUUAGAUACUUUUAAAAUCAUGGAACUUGCUGGAGGGCAUCUGUGCUGGGCCUGGCUUCUAGUAGUGAGGCUGCCCGGCCUGGCAGAGUCCUCUGACCAGCAUUUGGGAAAUUGUUCCACAGUCUUGGGGGAGCUACCUUGGAUCUUUAGGGCUGACAGUGACCCUCACCCUGUUUUCCCCAUUUGCUUAUCUUUUUACCAGAAUGAGCUUGAUUUAAUCUGUUUCCAGCUUCUGACUUGGAGGGGGGGGGGGAUGGGGAUGGGGUGAGGGUUGAAACACCCCACACGUACUUGGGAAAAUUGCUAAGCAGGGUUGUGUUUGGCCUGCUGCCAGCUUCAUUUUAUGGCUGAUUGCAGUGCCUGCCCUGCUGUGUGCUCCAUCAAGAAGAAAACCAGUUGCUCACACUAAGAAAGUGUGACACAUCACAGAACUGUCUUCCUAGCCUGGAGGGUUUGCAGAAUUGUAGCCUGUAGGGGACCUUAGUCCACAGUUUCCUGCCUCCCAGCCAGUCCUAGGGACCUAUUGUGGUUUGUGCAUCAUGUAUGUGUCCAUCAGUUUAGCCCAGAAUAAACAGGGUCCAGACAUUUCCACCCUGGACCCAUGAGCCCAUGCUCCUCUAGGACACCCAGUUCUCUCUGUCCCUCCCCACUGAACCUGCCUUUCCAGAGAAGCCCAAAGACAACAGCCUUUCCCCUGUGAACCAGACCUGUAAGCCCUGCACCCUCCUCCCAUGGCAGUCCCUUGGAACUGGUGACUUGGUCCCCCCCACCCCCAAUGCCAUAGCACCUUGUCAAACACAGCUCCAUGGAGGGACACUGAGGUUGGCUUGAGGCAGUUUUCCUGGCUGGCUCCUACGCCUUGGCUUUCGUGUGGCUCCCCGGUACUGCUGUGGGAGUUUGGUGGUACUUUAUGACAUGUCUGCAUGUGACCUUGUUAAAGCAGUUCCAGCUGGAAUGGACAUUAGCUUGACUCAGUCAUGUGACAGGGUGAUGCAGACCUUGGUGACAAGAAAGCUUCCGGAGAGGCCAGCACAGCCCUCCUGGCCCAGCCGUGUUGAUGAUGUGGCGUGUUGCCCUGUGGACCUCGGUGACUGUCCAGCUGCAGCUUCCUUCUGCCUUUUGUUCAUACUGUCUGUUUAUAUGAUAACAAUAGCUGAUUCCACUGUGUACAUAAAUGGUAUCUUUUUUAAUUUGUAAAAAUCUAUUUUUAUUUGGUCCUUUGGAAGGUGGACACUCUUGUGGUCACUCUUAAGUCAGAAUAAAAUGUUCGCACCUUCUCUGUA